AUGUAUUCAAUGCCGCCAGUAUAUGCCGAUAUCCAUGACCACAAAGGAAUUGGAUUCGCCGGAUCGCCGCCAAACCAGACAUCGAUGAAAGUAACAGUCGAACAUGCAAGACGCAGGCAGAGAGAGCAUGGAUCAGCGCGUGGAGGGAAGAAAAGAAAGGCCGCGCGACAUACAGGCACAUGCCGGUGCCAACUAAAAGGGUGCUGCAGCCCUACAAGGGGCUUAGCAAGAGGGAGAGCGCGCUGCUGGUGCAGCUGCAGACCGAGAAGAUCGUUCUCAGCAACUUCCCAUUUCAAUCGAGAAGUCCCGAAAAUCACUAGCUCCCGCUGCAGCUGUGGAGAAAGGCGACAAAUCAUUGCCUACGUCCUGCUCCGCUGCAGCAAGCACGAGUACCUCCGGAACCGCAUCUUCGCUAACCUAUCUGGACGACACAGCCUUAAGACUUUACUAAGCACGCUGCAGCUAGCCACUAAAGCUAUUAAGUAUAUAGAGCAAACGCAGAUCCUUAGGCAAGUGGGGAUCAGAGAUACGCAGACGACGCUGAGCGUUGGGGGGAGACUGUAG